AUGUGUAUCUACAGUUUUCUCAUCGCUGUACGUUCAAAUGGCGAGAUGCUUACGAAUGAGAAUGGUGAAACGACGUCACAUCUUAUGGGCAUGUUUUACCGCACACUACGCAUUGUAGACAAUGGCAUCAAACCUGUUUACGUCUUCGAUGGCGCACCACCAAAGCUCAAGUCUGGGGAACUCGCGAAACGGUUCCAACGUAAGGCUACAGCUGCCGAGGGUCUUGAAGAGGCGAAAGAGACAGGGACUGCUGAAGAAGUUGAAAAGUUUUCCAGAAGAACUGUUCGGGUAACGAGGGAACAUAAUGCGGAGUGCCAGCGACUGUUGAAACUAAUGGGCAUACCCUUCAUCAUCGCGCCGACCGAAGCCGAAGCACAAUGCGCCGUUUUAGCCCGAGCUGGGAAAGUGUAUGCUGCUGCCAGCGAAGAUAUGGAUACAUUAUGUUUUGAUUCUCCCGUACUCAUGCGUCACUUAACGUUUAGUGAACAACGAAAGGAGCCUGUGCAGGAGAUAUUUGUUGAUAAGGUCUUAGCAGGCCUCAAAAUGGACCGUGCACAGUUCAUUGAUCUAUGUAUCUUACUUGGUUGUGAUUACCUAGAUCCUGUACCAAAAGUAGGGCCCCACACAGCCCUAAAGCUCAUUCGCGAGUACGGGUCACUCGAAAAAUUCGUUGCAGCCAUAAAUUCUGGAAAAGCCAAGUACACUCUUCCGGAAGACUGGCCCUAUACUGAGGCCCGUGAACUCUUUCUUCAGCCAGAUGUUUAUCCAGCUGAUCACGAGAAAUGUAACUUUAAAUGGGAACAACCUGACGUAGAUGGCCUGAUUCAAUUCCUCGUAACAGAAAAGGGAUUUUCGGAAGAUAGGGUCCGCUCUGGCGCAGAUAGAUUGAAGAAAAACUUAAAAACAAGUCAACAGGCUAGACUCGAAGGCUUCUUUAAACCAGUAGUAAAGACUGAAGCUGAAGUACAAACAUUGAAGCGCAAAAGCGAUGCGAAGAACGAGCAGAAAAAGAAAAGGCUAAAAGAAGAGAAAAAAGACAAGAAUAAGGCAAAGCCAAGAGGUGUAGCCUAA